AAAAUAAUCAAUGGAACUAUUCUUUGCUGGAUGUGUACAUAUCGGGCUCUUAACGAGGUUGAACUGGCUGUCACAUUGAGGGUCAUGCUGAAACGGUUCUGUAAUGUCCAGUUUUACUAAAUCUGCUCAGCAAUGGGCCUCCUUUGCCAGAUCUUGGUUUUUGAUAGACGCCAGAAUGCAGCCACCAGGAAAGAUUGCGACCAUGUGUUCAGUUAGACUGCAAGGGAAACACAAACCUAUCUACCAUGCACUAAGUGACUGUGGGGAUCACGUAGUCAUCAUGAACACCAGGCACAUUGCAUUCUCUGGGAACAAAUGGGAACAGAAGGUGUACUCCUCUCACACAGGAUUCCCAGGUGGAUUCAAGCAAGUCACAGCAGCCCAGCUUCACCAUAAGGACCCCACAGCGAUCAUCAAACUGGCCGUCUAUGGGAUGCUCCCCAGAAAUCUGCACAGGAGGACGAUGAUGCAGAGGUUGCACCUCUUUCCAGAUGAUGUGCUUCCAGACGACGUCCUGCAGAACCUGACCGAAGAGCUCCCUCAGCCCAGGGCUGUUCCCCGGAAACUGAGCGAAUAUACCCAGGAGGAGCGCGACGCCUUCCCCAUGUUAUGGACUCCGCCAGAAGACUACAGGAUGAAGUGACCAGCCAAGCUGACCAUGGUGACUUCAGACUCCCGCAUCUCCACGCAGUGUGCUAGCCUCCUAAUCAAAUCCUCCUUUUUCCAAGGCAGGAUUGCACAUUUUUCACAAGAUGUUUCCAUGCUGUUCAAAUGUCAAAUAAAAUAAACCACCCGUUUUUUCAA